UUCUCCUCCGACCUACUCCAUCCUCAACCAAACACCAGAACCAUGAGCUGUUGUGGCUGUUCAGGAGGUUGUGGCUCCAGCUGUGGGGGCUGUGGCUCCAGUUGUGGGGGCUGUAGCUCCAGCUGCUGCAAGCCUGUGUGCUGCUGUGUGCCUGUCUGUUCCUGCUCCAGCUGUGGGGGCUGCAAGGGAGGCUGUAGCUCCUGUGGGGGCUGUGGGUCCUGUGGGGGCUGCAAGGGAGGCUGUGGCUCCUGUGGGGGCUGCAAGGGAGGCUGUGGCUCCUGUGGGGGUUGCAAGGGAGGCUGUGGCUCCUGUGGGGGCUGCAAGGGAGGCUGUGGCUCCUGUGGGGGUUGCAAGGGAGGCUGUGGGUCUUGUGGGGGCUGUGGGUCCUGUGGGGGUUGCAAGGGAGGCUGUGGGUCCUGUGGGGGUUGCAAGGGAGGCUGUGGGUCCUGCGGGGGUUGCAAGGGAGGCUGUGGGUCCUGUGGGGGUUGCAAGGGAGGCUGUGGGUCCUGUGGGGGUUGCAAGGGAGGCUGUGGGUCCUGUGGAGGCUGUGGCUCCUGUGGGGGCUGCAAGGGAGGUUGCUUCCAGCUGCUGCAAGCCCUGCUGCUCCUCAGGCUGCGGGUCUUCUUGCUGUCAGUCCAGCUGUUGCAAGCCCUGCUGCUGCCAGUCCAGCUGUUGCAAGCCUUGCUGUUGUCAGUCCAGCUGUUGCAAGCCCUGCUGCUGUGCCCCCGUGUGCUGCCAGUGCAAGAUAUGAGGCUCCACAUAUAG